CCUUGAUAUCUAAUAUAUUUACUGAUGGUUAUUGACUCCCGGAAGAUUGAGUGCUAUAACUUUCUUCAUCGGCCUGCACCAUACCUCAUUGUUACACACAACUCUUGUCUCACAAGGCCAUGCAGCCCUAAACAAAGAUAUCACGGAAGACCAUCCCCAGUCCCACUGCCUUGUCAAAGACACAAAGACUCAUAAUGAAGCCCAUUCAGUUCAGGCAACAUAUAAAUCCCCAGAGAAGCAGGGACCCUUCCUCCUCAUCCACACACCUGCUCAGGACUGUCUCUACACUGACCCCUGCCCUUAUCGCUCUCUACCUCUAUCCAAACACGCCUUCCACAGAGCUUGGUUCAUCAUCAUAACCAUCAGCAAGCAAAAUGCCCAGCUCAACGCAGAAACCAGAGGUAGGCCUAGGCCGCACCUCAGUUCCUCCGCGCCCCAAGGCCGCGGUGCACCGGGGAAAUCAACUGAUGGCAUCCCUUCAGAGCGAGCUUGCCAAUCUCCCCGAAUCUCUCGCAUCAGACUCGUCGCUAUACGAGCUUGUCGACUCGCGUUGGGUCUACGCUACGUCCAUAUCGGUCUCAAUAUCGACGUCAGCAUCAAGCUCACCGUCCAAUACCUCGUUCACAAAUUCCUCAGCAAACACCAGCGCAACAAGCAUCUCGAGCACGACCACGGUUUCCAUUUCCAUCUCCACAUCAACCCACCACCUCUCCCUCGUGAUAACCGGAUGCAUACACGCGGGCAUGUCGGCCUGCGAGAUCGGGCAGUAUCUGCACCGGGUUACACGUGCAAACGCGACCGACUGCUCCGCCACUGCCUCAACUUCAACCACACCAAAUCCAACACCAGUCUCCAGUGCCGAAGCUAGAUCUGGAACCCAAGCUCAACCCGGAGUCGGCCUCGUAUCCCGCAUGAUAGCCCUCAACAAACCCUACGCCACCAUCGCAACACGAGUCAUGCGUGUCCUUGACCUCCGCAGCUCGGACGGCUACCCGCUGUAUGCAUACGUUGACCCUGGCGACGUAGGUCUUGUGCCGAGGCCCGGUGAGCCCACGAGGAAUGAUGAUUCAGAAUCCGAAGAGGAUGGGGGUGAGAAUAGACAGGGAUCGGAAAGCCCGGGCCCCAAGCGCGUGUGGCACUGGGGGCCAGGUCAAGGUCUACUUCGCUGGCCGCUACCCGAUAUGAGCAAGGAGGAGAUUGAGGGACUGGUUGAGGUUCGGGAUGAUGAGGCCGAAAGGGCCAAGACUGAAAGGAUGGAAGGGGAGGAGCAUGGAAAGACGGUCCAUCUCCCCCGGCUGGGAUGCGUCAGUCAUUAUACUGUGAUAAUUGUGUACCCUUCUUCAUCUUUGCCGAGGUCAAUACGGGUGGAGUUUGAAGAGGUUGGGGAUGAGUCGGGUUCGAAGUAGUUG